GGCAGCGGUAAUACGAUGUACGAUGAAGAAACACUUGAGUGGAAGUUCACUGAUAAAGUAUUCAGUUAUAUCUUCAUAUCAGUAAAUGUCGUGAUAAUUUGUAUUUGGAUUUAUAUCAUGUCGUUAUCAGAUAUUGAUGUGGUUUUUCACAAUUAUGACUGUAAUGGAAACAUCUGUGGCAGUGAAAAAGCUCUGAAACCGUAUAACUUCAUAAAAGCAAAUGUUUCAAGCCAAAAGUAAGCACUCAAAUACGUCAUAUUUGUAGAUAUUUGCACCAUACCAAUUUUGGUAACAAGAAGCUUUCUACUCCUGUUUGUGUUCGACGAUGUCCGAGUCGUUUUAUUAAUUCUUCCAAAAGUCUUUCCGACUUUAUGAACUUGACGGGAAUAAUAUUAUGUGACUCAAGGGUCCCUCCAGUACUUUAUGAAUCACAACCUCGUAUUUUAAAUGCAUCAUUAUGCCCAAUACUGCCAAUCUAUCCAACUAUACCAGUUGGUGGAGUUUGUAUACCAGUCAAUUUUACAAAUCAUAGCAGUUUUGAAAAUUUCCAGUUUAAUGCAGACUCAGAAUUCUCAUUAUCAUUAUAUCAGAUAAUUAUAUGCGGUUCAAUGGCUUCAGUACUCAGUCUGUUAGUUAUUGGAGCUGUUCGUUUCGUACCAGCUGGAUUUUCAACAUUCAUAUUUGGAUAUACAAUAUCUGCUUAUUCAUUAUUUAUGAUGUUUCUAAGUAUUCGUCUAUGGAUUCAUGCAAUGAGUCUAAAACAUGCCUAUUGGUGGCGGAGCGAUCUAUUUCCACAGAGUCAUCUUUUCAGUAAUUUAUCGUUUGUAAUCAUUCUGUUCGUUUGUUUAUUCAUUUGGGUAUUUAUUGUCUGUUUAAAUUCAUUCAUAAGAAAUUCUGGAAGCCAGUGGCAAAGUACAACACAAUUUAUUAUCGAAGCAUUAUUUGUUCUGCUAUCAGACUGUUUAACAGAAUUAUGUGGAUUCCUAUCUAUUGUGCUGUUAGUGAUCGUGAUAGGAAAUAUAUUUCUAUGCUUUAUUUCCAUAUAUAGUUUGUUACAUAUUUUUGCUAUGGUUGAACCAGUUCGACUGAAACUUACUGGAUGUUUGGAUUUUCGACAAGUUGGUUGGAUUCAGUAUGGAUUUUUACCGGUUUGUUUGUUGUAUAGUCUAUGGAUUAUUCGAUUAUAUUCAAGCUUUUGUCAAAUAUCUACAACAAUCGUUGUAUCUGAUUGGUAUCGUUCAAAUGAGUCUACUUACAAAACAAAAACAAUAAAUCUUUUCAGUCAAAUCAUGCACACCUUGCUCUAUCAUUUUAUGGGAAGUUUAAGUCUAGCCUCACUACUCAGUUUACUUACAUGGCCUGUUCUUCAGAUGUUGUGUUUUUACAAAAUUAUAAACUAUGCUAAGAACAGUCGGAACACUUCAAUCCCAUUGAAGCCUACAUCUAAAUGGGAACAAAAGUUAUGGAAUUUCGAAUGGCAAAUUCAUCAUUUGGAUUGUAAUGUGUUUACAUUAAUUGUAAUUGAGAGUCAAUCAUUCAGUAAAUCAUGGAAACAACUGAAUUCUGAAUUGGUUAAUAUUCAAUCAUUGAAUAAUAUAAUUGAAUUAGUAAGAUGGUCAGAAUUUCUAUUGACAUUAACUAAAUUGGCCAGUUCAGCGAUUGCGACGUUUUUUGGAUUGAUAUAUUUCUCUGUGAGACCUCCAGCCUCAAUUGCCUUCCCUAUAAUAGCAAUUCUAUCAUUUGGGAUUUGCUAUUUUAUUUCAAGUGCCAUACUAAGUGUCUUACAACAUAUGUUGUCUACAGUAGUAAUCUGUUAUUGUUUACAAGAAUGUAAAGCUGCAGAGGAAGAGAUUUUUGGCAAAGAAUCAAGCUUUAUUUUUAGACAUGAAACAUUCAAAUGUCAUCUAGUCAAACUACUCAACACUUUGAACUCUAAGCCGGAUACAUUAAAAAAUGGUUGUAUACCAAAUAAAUUUCAUAAUCAAUCGUCCGGUUCUUAUCAAGACUAUCGUAAUCUUAAUAUACAAUGGAUUGAAACUUCUGAUACUGAUUUCAGUGUAAAAGGAUUUUCAUUACAUCCACCUGUUUCAAUGCCUAGAAGAACGAAAUGUUAAUAUCAUUAUUAGCAUCAACCUGUACUGCUAUUUAACUAUCUCAAGCAUUCACUGUUGUCUGUGUAAAUUAGCCUUCAUACAACUAGACUAUGUGGUGUGCAAAUGUCUACACAAUUCACCUUACGUAAAAUGUAUGUUGUGUUAUUCUUACCGUCGAAUACAGUAAACAAUAGGUAAUAACAAUGUUACAAUUAUGUGAAAAACUGUUGAGAAAAAAAAGAUCUUUUAAAGGGCUAUUAUGUUUUCGCUUUCCUAUUGCAUUUUUAAAAACAUAUUGCUGAAAAGUAAUUAUAAUUAACCAUAAAUACUAUUAAUAUUAUUAUUAUUAUAACUGUCGUCGUCGAAUUGCAUAUUUUAUAUUCUGCGCUUAAAAAUUGACAGUUGAAUUUUAGUGUUGAACAAUAACAAGUUGAAUUUUCAACCGUUUUGCUUAAUUUGAGUUAAUUUUUGUGUAUACAAAGACUAGUAAACUGAUAAUUUCAUGUUUCUUUUAUGGAUAUGCACUAAAACAGUU